UUCCAAAAUAAAGCAUUCUAUGAUUUUGAACAAAUCUCUAUCUGUUCCAGGUUCGGGUUUGCAAAUACAGUGUUACCAGUGUGAGGAGUUCCAGCUAAAUAAUGACUGCUCCUCUCCAGAGUUCAUCGUGAAUUGUACAGUGAAUGUUCAAGAUAUGUGUCAGAAAGAAGUAAUGGAAAAAAGUUUUGGAAUCAUGUACCGCAAGUCCUGCGCCUCGUCGGCCGCGUGUCUGAUCGCCUCUGCUGGGUACCAGUCCUUCUGCUCUCCCGGCAAGGUCAACUCCGUCUGCAUCAGCUGCUGCAACACCCCGCUCUGCAACGGACCCCGGCCCAAGAGGAGGGGCAACUCUGCUGUACUGCUGAGGGCACACCUGAUAACCACUCUUCUGCUUCUUAAAUUUGCUCUGUUGUUUUUGUACUGCUAAACUUCAAGCAAGUUGGUUUGUUUGGUUUUUUUGGGGUUUUUUUGCCCUGGCACGAUUUGUCCUGCAUCUUUCUUUCUUCAAGGACGCUGCAAUUAUUUUCUGUUUGUUUCCAAAUCCCUGUCAACAGCAAGGGGAGGUCAGUGGUUGU